AUGCAGAUCCUUUUUGUCAAGAAGCUGUCUUUAUUGAACUCUUUUUUUAAUGGUAAAGUUCUUGGUUCUUGGUAUUUCCUCAAUCUUGGUAAGGUCCCAAAUGUGGUGGCAGCAUUGAUAACGGAUCUGGAGAUUAAGUGCCACUACCUUUCCUCCAAGGCCUCACACAUUUUCAUGUCUAGGAAAAUGAAGUAUGGGAAACAUGCAAACUCAGUUAAAAUAAUGACUGAAAAUACCGGUCAAAUUGAUUUAAACGCUGAUGCUGUCUUGUUUGAUCGGGAAAAUGAUGUUGUGGGGAUAAAACCGUCAAAGUCCAACGCUGAUAGUAGUGUUGGUGUCUCUUGUUCUGGAAACCUGAGUGAUGAUCCUGGUGCGGUUGUUGUUCCUGAUCAGGAGCCUUUUCAGGUUGGAGAUGAUGAUUCGGUGUUGUACGGUUUGAACCAUGGGUGUGAUGUGAUUAUUAGUGGCAAUGGAGAAGAGGGUUUUGGUGAGGAACUUGGGUUGGUGGAUGUAGGGGUUGUUGGUAAAGACUGUGACGGAAAAGAAAGGGACGUUGUGUGUGGAAUGGAGAAGCACGAAGAUGAGAAGAGUGGGAUUGGAUUUUCAGAUGGAGUUAUGCUUGAUUAUGGAGGUCCAGAGCCUGAGCCUAAUGAAGGUUUGAUUAUUGAAUUUAAUGAUGAUUUUCGGGGUGAGAAUGCUAUAGGUGUUAUUGAAAAUGGUUUGCUGAGCACUGAGGUUGCAGUGAAUAAUGUGGCUCAAGGAGGUGAUAAUGGUGCAUCUGGCAAAAAUGAAGAUGCUAUGGAUGUUUCUGAAAAUGCCAUGAAUUUUUCUGUAAAUGAUCGCCUAGGCAUGGAGGUUGUGGCGAAUAAUGUGGCUCAAGGAUGUGAUAAUGAUGCGGCUGAGAAGAUUGAGAAUGCUGCAUUGGUGAAUUUAAGCGCACUUGUGGAGGGUGACAAUGAGAGGAAUCUUGUUGAUAGUUUGGUUGAUAAAGAUGGCCUCAAAAGUACUGCAGAAAUUGCAACCUACCAAUUACAAAAUGUCAUCCCAUGUAUAGAAGCUGUGAAUGUCAAUGCCGAAGAAUCUUUGCAUGUGAAAGAUUUGUUAAGGAAUUGCCUUGAGCCAGCUCUUCAGGUAGAUGCACCAGUAAAAGUCAUGCACAAUCAAAACAUGGUCGCUGAUGUUGUUGAAAAACGGGUGUUCGAGAAUAAUCAAAACAUGGUCGCUGAUGUUGUUGGUGGCAAUCUUGUUGUAGAUCUUAAUUCUUGCACAAACAUGCAGGAGGUUGGCAUGAAUCAGGGAUCGGUGUUUUCAGAAUGGAAUUUGUGUCUAUCGGAUUUAGUAUGGGGAAAGGUCACUGGUCAUCCUUGGUGGCCAGGUCAGAUAUUUGAUGCCUCCGCUGCAUCCGAUAAGGCAAAGAGGCAUCUCAAGAAAGAUUGUUACCUGGUAGCAUAUUUUGGGGAUCAAACAUUUGCUUGGACUGAUGUGUCAAUGAUUAAACCAUUUCUAGCACAUUUUUCACAAAUGGAGAAGCAGAGCAAUCUGAAAAAUUUCCACCAUGCUGUUAAUUGUGCUUUAGAUGAGGUCUCAAGACUGGUUGAGUUUGACCUGUCCUGCCCUUGCAUACCUGAUGAUGUAUAUUUCAAGCUUAAGACUCAAAUAAUUAGUAAUGCUGGAAUCAAUAAUCAAUUGAGCAGAAGAAAUGGAGUGGAGAAAUCUAUCAAUUCAAUGUCUUUUGAACCCAUGAAACUUGUCAAUUAUGUUAAGUCAUUAGCCCAGUCGCCACUUCGAGCAUCUGAUAGACUGGAUUCUGUAAUUGCACAAGCCCAGUUGUCGUCUUUUUAUCGCUCAAAGGGUUAUUUUCAACUGGCUGAGUUCAAAGUGCUUGGAGGGUUAUUCGAGAAUGAUAUGCAAACUCUAACUGAGAGGGAGAUAGAGCAAUUUGAUUAUCAAACCUGUGUUGGUCAUUCACUACAGGAGUACAAGAGCAACUCUGGGUAUAAGAAGCGCCAUGGUAAGAAACAUAAACUUAUGUCAGAUUUGAUGUCUGAGAGGAGAUUAUUUAUUUCAAAUGAUGAACAUGCACCUGAACAUGAAGCUAAGCCAGUUCCACGGCGUCGUGGCAGAAAAAGGAAGACAGCUAGCAAAACUUCGGAAAAUUGUUUCCCUAAUUCCCAGAAUGAAAAGAUCUACCAAAUACAGCAUGCAUCUAUAAGUGAGAUGAAGUCUCAACUUUGUUUGGCUGCCAGGAAUCCAACUGGAGAAAGUUUCUCAAGUGACAUGGUACAAUUUUUCGCAGAAUUUAGAAAUUCCAUUAGUCUACUUUCUGCUUCCCUGGAUAAAAAAAUGUUUUUGCAACAAAUGCACGAUGUAGAGACUGAAGCAACCUCUAUGGUAGGAUUGCCUUCUAUGACAUCUACAAUGGAGCCGUGCAUUGAUUCUUAUUGGACCGAUAGAAUAAUUCAAAGCAUUCCUGGAAAACAAUCAACAACAAAAUAUCAGAAUGAAAGAGUCAUAUUUUUGCCUGAGACCCUAACUGACGCAAGUCCUGUCUCUUUCAAGUUGCUACCAUCUGCUGAAAUUACCACAACUUUGGGAUUUAACCAGCAAGAUACCAAUGAAAUUCUUGAAUCAGAAUCUUCUAAACCUAAGCCUGCAGCAGAACAUUUGGACGAGAGUUCUACACAGGGCUUCUGUCCUACUGCUCUGACUCUGAAAUUUUCAAACUUUGAUUCUGUUCCUUCAACAACAGAUCUGAACAAGAUUUUUGGCCGCUUUGGGCCACUGAUUCAAUCAAAGACUGAACUGCUAGAGAGAACUAACCGUGCCAGAGUGGUUUUUCUAAGACGUUCUGAUGCAGAAACUGCUUUCAGUAGUGCUGGAAAAUAUAGCAUAUUUGGACCUUCACUCGUUAGCUACCGCCUCAAGAUUUUGCCUCGGAAGCCACAAAAAGUUACAGGAAAGCGAGGCAGAAAAAAAAGAAGAGUAACAAAUUCUGUGGAUGGUGCAGCAGUUUGA